CGGUGCAGGCGGGUUCGGGUGUCUCCCGGCUCCGGCUGCCGCUGCUGCUGCCGCCGCCGCCUCGUGAGUCUGGGGCCAGGUGGGACUGGCGGGUAUCGGGACAGGCGGGCGCUGGAGGGGCGGUGGCGCGAUAGGUGGCCCCCGGGAAGCCCCCCACCAUGGGUAACGUCCUGGCUGCCAGCUCCCCCACACCCUCCCCCACCAUGCCGAGUCCUGGCUCUGGGCUGGUGUCAGUGCCGCCUGGCUUCACCAUGCCCCCCGUCAGUGGGCUGGGCCCCCCUGCGCAGGAGCGGCUGGAGGAGAAGGGGGAUCGGCUGCCCAAUCCUGGCACCUUUGAGGAAUGUCACCGCAAGUGCAAAGAAUUGUUCCCUAUCCAGAUGGAGGGUGUGAAACUGACAGUGAAUAAAGGUCUUAGCAACCAUUUCCAGGUGAAUCACAGCGUUGCCCUCAGCACUGUUGGCGACUCCAAUUACCACUUCGGGGUCACCUACGUGGGCACCAAGCAGCUCAGCCCCACAGAGGCCUUCCCGGUGCUGGUGGGCGACAUGGACAACAGCGGCAGCCUCAACGCCCAGAUCAUCCACCAGCUCUCGACCCGGCUGCGCUCUAAGGUGGCCUUCCAGACGCAGCAGUCCAAGUUCGUGAACUGGCAGGUGGAUGGAGAGUAUCGGGGGGAGGAUUUCACGGCGGCUGUGACGCUGGGAAACCCCGACAUCCUGGUGGGCUCAGGGAUCCUGGUAGCCCAUUACCUGCAGAGCAUCACACCCUGCCUGGCGCUGGGCGGCGAGCUGGUCUAUCACCGCCGGCCAGGAGAGGAGGGCACAGUCAUGUCUCUGGCUGGGAAAUAUACAGCACCUAACUGGAUUGGGACCUUGACGGUGGGGCAAGCCGGGGCCCAUGCAACCUACUACCAUAAAGCCAAUGACCAGCUGCAGGUGGGCGUGGAGUUCGAGGCCAGCACGCGCAUGCAGGACACUAGCGUCUCCUUUGGCUACCAGCUUGACUUGCCCAAGGCCAACCUGCUCUUCAAAGGCUCUGUGGACAGUAAUUGGAUCGUGGGCGCGGCGUUGGAGAAGAAGCUGCUGCCGCUGCCCCUGACGCUGGCCAUGGGGGCCUUCCUGAACCACCGCAAGAACAAGUUCCAGUGUGGCUUCGGCCUCACCAUUGGCUAGAGCCCUCUCCUCCUCUUCCACCAGCCCUCCCCCACCCCAAUUCCAGUGUCCCCCAGCCCAGACUGCCAU